CAAAUGUGCAUUUGUUCCGAUUUCGAGCGCGUCUUCGAAAUUGCUCCAGUCUUCCGUGCCGAAGAUUCCAAUACUCAUCGUCACAUGACCGAAUUCACGGGGCUCGAUCUGGAGAUGGCAUUUGAAGAGCAUUAUCAUGAAGUACUCGACAUUCUUGACGAACUUUUUGUCUUCAUCUUCAAUGGCCUGAAGACACGAUAUGCGUCCGAAAUUGAGACGGUGAGACGUCAAUAUCCAUCGACUGAUUUCGAAUACCAUCCAAAAACUCUGAAAUUGGAAUACAAAGAUGCAGUUCAGUUGUUGAGGGAGAAUGGCGUCGAAAUUGGCGAUUUCGAAGACCUCAGCACCGAGAAGGAAAAGUUACUCGGUAGAUUGGUCAAAGAAAAAUAUAAAACAGAUUUUUAUAUGCUUGACAAAUUUCCUUUGGCGGUUCGUCCCUUCUACACCAUGCCGGAUUCUGGCGACGAACAAUAUUCUAAUUCGUACGACUUUUUCAUGCGCGGUCAAGAAAUCCUCUCGGGUGCACAACGUAUUCAUGAUCCCACGUUCUUGGAAGAACGCGCGAAAGUACACGGUAUCGAUCUACGCACAAUCCAACCCUACAUCGAUUCCUUUAAGAGAGGUGCGCCACCUCAUGCUGGAGGAGGCAUCGGCUUAGAGCGCGUUGUUAUGUUUUACUUAAAUCUCGAUGACAUACGCAGAAGUUCACUGUUCCCUCGCGAUCCAAAGCGUCUUGAACCAUAA